AUGCCUCUGACAGUGAAUGGUCGUCAACCUAGUUGAAUGCGAAGAUGGUGUGUACAGCUGAAGUUGGAUUCAUUUCUGUCGUCGUUGAUAAUCACUCAAAUCUGCGUAAAUUUGCAACGGUUAAGUAGGUGGUCGAACUAGAAGGUAACUUGGUUCGAGAAGCAUUUUGAUGCGAAAUCCGUUGGAGUGGGUAUAUGUGAUUUUUAAUCAGGUUUUCGCCAAUUGAAGAGUGCUUGAGUCUCAGAAUGUAGCUUUUCUUUUGUAAUUUUCACGUACCCGCUUAUUUAAAAAAAAAAAAAAAAAACAAAGUAAAAGCGGAAGAACAAUCAUCCUUCGAAUAGGGACAGAUGCACAUUUUCAAAAUGGUUCAUUAAAUUGAUAUGUCAGCCAUCACUCCCCUCAUACUAUGGCGCUGCUGUCUAUUGCGUGGAGGUGUAAUAGAUAUCGCAUCCAUGAACUGAGUUAGGUUACAGAGGUGGUAGAAGGGUGCAUCAUUGUCAUUCUGAGUUGAGUGACUGUUAUCCUCACUAAUGUAAUGCAGUCAUAGUUGUAGCGAUCACCUGCAGUACGAGUCCGCAACUAUCAAAUUGUUCAUGGUUUCCUUGGCUCACGCACUUCCAAGUGCUUAAUCAGCAAUUCCGUGGGCGCACAGUAUGUGCUCUGUAGGCUGCUGCAGAUCUGAGUUUCUUGCGUUUUGUCUCUAUCGAACUGCAGUUUAGUCAUUUAAUACCGUCGUUGUAUCUGUUUCUGUGACGAGGACGCGGAGUUGCGUAGCUGGCCGAUGAGCUGAUGUCGAAUUACCAGCUUGAUUUUAGUUCCACAACUGGACUGCUUGCUACACUGCGUGCAUUUCUUGUCAACGAGCUUUUCGGUGGUCUUCUCCAGUUCUUAUCUACAAUUCCUACCGACUAAACUAUGAGCACACAUUUAAGAGGAUUUCUCCUGCUAGUACCUAUUGUUCCCAAAUGAGACCCGCAGCUGAAUUUGAUUAGUUCCCAUGAGACAUUGCUGAAUGCAAGUCUCCAAGUGGUCGCUGGAGAAGUGAUGAAGGUACAUUCUUUCUGAAAAUCCGACAAAUAUACAUCACUUUCGUAGACUCUUCGAAGCUUUGAUGUGCACGGGUUCUUGUGAAGACGCAUUCAGAGAUCACUGAACCAGCCAAGAUUUGUCGCCCUUACAAUGGGUUCUACUGAUGAGAUCUAUCUCAAAGUUGAAGUUCUUUACCUCUUUAGCCAGGGGAGCGGUCAGGCUGAUCAUCCGCACUUGAUUCAAGUGCACUACCCUGCCCACCAACAAGCCCCUACGUUGAGAGAUGUGAAGUUGCGUUUGACUGCACUACGCGGAAGUGGCAUGUCGGAUUCUUACUCUUGGUCCUACAAAAGGUGCUACAGAGGAGCCUUUGUUUGGUGUGACGUGGUUGACGAUGACUUUAUUCUUCCACUCAGCGAAAGUGGCGAAUAUGUUUUAAAGGCUCUUGAGGUUGUCGAAUCUCCGAGAGAUGCCUUGGGCCGAGAAGCAGUGCAGCCAAGCCGAGUGGCGGGAACAGCAUUGGUGAAUAAUGUCCCCAGAGACAUGGAUCCUAUCCCCAAGCUCAACGAACUCUGUAAAGUUGACAGACCCAAAGAAACUUCUACCGAUUGGUCGGAAUGGAAGCAAGUACCCGUGAACGGCCCCGCUGUCAGUGAUACUGCAACUAAUGCGUGUCGCAUUGAACCCAGCGAUGUUAGCAGAUCCAGAUCAAGUUCAUUUGUACCUGAACUUUUUAUUGAAAAUAAGAGAUGCCUGGAAAGCACGAAAGAAACUGAUUCAUCUACAGACGACUUUUCAACAGAUGCAUCCUGUGAGUUGUCCUCCGAAGAGGAUUCGCACGUUGAAUCUAAGGAGAUGCCGGCAAGCGCGGUCAUGCAGUCGACUAACCAUGGUGGAAUCCUCUCCUUCCCGUUGCCGUCAUUAGAGGUAUCCAGAAAGGAGUGCGUGAAAAGUGAAACUUGGGUGGUGGAGGAAGAGGUUAACCCUACACCAGUUAAAGGUAGGACCUCACGAAGGUCCAACGAUGAAUUCUAUGACUGCAGUUCCACGGCCUGCAUCGGCGAUAUACCAUCUAGUCCGGUGACUCAAGCAUGUUUUCCAGGGUAUGCGUUCACGUUUAUGCUGAAGAAAACAGCCAGGUUUCCUAGGUCACAAAUCUGCAGGAGAGUGGAAGUCGUGGAAAGAUUGCAAGCUGUGACGGUGGAGAAACCUAUUUACUCUCGAUACAUACCAUCAACUAGACAUGGAUCAGGGUCCACUAUGGAACCCCGCCUGCCUCACUCAACUAAAACUGGAACCCUAAAUUGGAGGCUUCAAAGGAAGCAGAGACCUGCUGUAGAACCAGGGAGAGAGGUCAGAAGCCUCUCUAAAUUUCUGGAGGAUACAAAGAACCAAACAAUCUUACAGGUGAUUGAUAAAGAGGACAUCAGCCGAAUUCGUCGUGCUCCGCGUGUCCGAAAGGUCAGGAAUGACGAUUGCGACUAUGCAAUGUGCAGAGAAGUGGCUCUGGAUGUCCCUGAAGCGCUUGUGCAGUCAGGAAGAGGCCUAGGAAAGAAUGAGAAAAUUGUUUCCGAUCUAUCACUUAAGAAGACGGAUUUAAAGAGUUCCAGGGUGCUAACCCGACCAGCUGCGCGGCAGUCUUUUAGGCUUGGCGCUAAGCAGUCCUCAGCUUCAUUUAGUCCAGCAUCUGGAAACGUCCUUAAUCCCUCUGCAUUUUCCGGACCCCUGGAUACAUCUAAAGAGAAAGCUUACAAACAUCGAAGAGCUCUCAUUGCAGGAAUUUCAGGCUCGCAUAUCACUAGUGAUGAGGCCUACAUUGCCAGCGAAGAUUCCAUUUUGAACAUCUCAGAUAGGAAAAUGCUCGCAGUCCCCCAGAACGUGAGUAAGAACUUUUGUGUCCGUAAUCCUGUUCGAGGCCUAGAAAAGAGGACAUCUGAAAGAAAAGUAUUUCCGUGGCGAGAAAAUUCUGUAUUUGAUCCACUUGCAUUGCGCGGCGAUAACUUUCAUGAGGAUGCGAUGGUGAAUCCAAAACUAAAGGUUCAGACUACUCCUUCAACUGAAACAAGAAUAACUAGUAUAGUUUAAGAGAGCUACGUAGAAGCUGAGGAACUUCGAAGACAGAAGCGAGAUGGUUAAAUGCAGGCCGCUGACAUCAGGUUUGACAUAGCUUUAAUGGGCGAUUUUGCUUCAAGACAAAUUGUGAUCAAAGUUGACCUCUGAAGGGUACCUAGUUCUGCUUGCAUCCUAGUAUGAACCUCACGUUGAAAUGUGUCAGAUAUCUUCUCGCUACACUAUAUAUAUAUAUAUAUAUAUAUAUAUAUACACUCACACACACACUUAUGCGUAGAUAUGUGGGUGUGGGUACAUGUGUACACUCUAAUUGUCCUAAUUCUGAUAAAUGAUAGUUGAGUGGCAAAUUAGGGGAGGUAGCGGGUAUUACAGCAGACCAGAUCUUCCGCUCGGUCAAUAGCAAUCUAGCACACUUCCAGAAGAAAACAAAUGUUCUUCACGCUGAUAUAUAUAUAACCACUCAUCAACGAUGAUGCAAUUUCUCGGUCCUAGUCUCAA